CACCGGGGGCCGAUGCAGAGCGGGGCCGUUCUCUCGGACGGGAUCCCGUGCCGGUGCCGGUGCCGGUGCCGGUGCCGGUGCCGGGGCGGCUCUCCCGGGGCCAGCCGGUGCCAGCCGGGCCGGCCGCCAGCCCCCCCCGCCCGCCGGGCGUGCGCAGGGACCGCCCCGCUCCGCCUGCCACCGACCGACCGAGCGGCAGACCGAGCGGCGGCUGCCGCGGCCGGACCGGCGGGAUCGGCCCUGCUGGGGUCAGCCCCGCUCGGGAUCACCCCCUGCUCGGGCUCACCCCCGCUCCGGAGCCCCCCGUGCCCGCCCGGGGCGGCUGCGCUGUCCCCGCCCGCAGCAGCGGCAGCGCGGCCGGGCACGGCGACCUGCGCAACCCCGCAGUGCCCUGCGGAGAUGGCGAGCGCAGAGCCCGGCCCUGAGGAUGCAGCCGAGGCUGAAGAGGCCGUGCCCGAGGCCGUGCCCGAGGCCGUGCCCUGUGACAGGACGGAGCUGAGCCAGCGGCUGGCCGUGGAGGAGCUCAUCAGCACCGAGGCCAGCUACGUGCACAACCUGCAGCUGUGCGUGUGCGACAUCCGGGCACACCUCCGGGACAAGCAGCUGCCCGAGCUGGACCUGGAAGGACUCUUCUCUAACACAGACGACAUCCUCCAUGUCUCCAGACGGUUCCUGAAUGGGCUGGAGGCCACGCCUGGCCAGGGCCAGGAGCAGCUGCUCUGCAUCAGCACGCUGUUCCAGGAGUUCAAGGAAGAGAUGGAGGCUGUCUACAAGAUCUACUGUGCCAGCUAUGACCAUGCCCUGCAGCUGGUGGAGAGCUACCGCCGGGACCCCCGGCUGCAGGAGCAGAUCCUGGACACCCUCAGUGCCACCGUGCCUCACACGGGCGCGUCAGACCUCAGCUUCUUCCUGGUGAUGCCCGUGCAGAGGGUCACCAAGUACCCUCUGCUGCUGGGGAAGAUCCUGGAGAACACCCCCAGCAGUUCCAGUGCCCACUCAGCCCUGCAGGCAGCGGCUCGUGCCAUGGCCCAGGUCAAUGCCAACAUCAACGAGUACAAACGGCGCCGGGAAGUGGCAACCAAAUACAGCAAGGCCGAGCACCUGACGCUGCGGGCCCGCCUGGCGCGCCUCAACACGCACUCCAUCGCCAAGAAAACCACGCGCCUCAGCCGGCUCCUCAUGCACGAGGCUGGCAUCGUGGCCAAGACUGAGGACAAGGAAUAUGACGACCUGGAAGAGAAGUUCCAGUGUGUGGCAUCCAGUGUGGCCACGCUGAAGGAGAACAUGGCAUCCUACCUGGGCCACUUAGAGGCGUUCCUGCUGCCCACCCCGCACCAGUGUGACCUGCAGAUGGAGCAGGGACCGGCCCAGCAGCACCGCCGCCUCUCCCAGCUCCUCCAGAGCACCGUCUUCCCCCAGUUUAAGCAGCGUGUGGACAGGCUGGUGUGGCAGCCCCUGUGCAGCCUCUCAGACAUGCUGGAGGGGCCCCAGCAGCUGGUCAAGAAGCGCCUGGACAAGCUGCUGGACUACGAGGAGAUCCAGGAGAGGAAGAGCGAGACGGGCAGCGUGAGCUACGAUGAGGAGGCAGCCAUGAACACCUACCUGGCCAUCAACGACCUGCUGGUGGCCGAGCUGCCCCGCUUCAACCAGGUGGCUGUGCAGCUCCUGGGGCAGAUCCUGCGCUCCUUCAGCGCCCUGCAGCUGGACCUGGCUGCCCAGGUCCUGCACCACGCAGAAAAGGAGGUGCAGCAGCUGCCCCAUGGGCACAUGCCCCUGCCCAGCUUCUGGAAGGUGGUGGAGGACAGCCUGCAGCAGUCGGGGGCUCAGCUCCGUGCCUUCUGCCAGGCCUUUGAGACCGUGGCACCCAGCCCUGGCACACAGCCCCUGACCCCUGCCGAGGAGAGGAAGGUCCUUUCCCUUGUGAGCAAGCACGGCCCAGACAAGCUUUACCAAGUGACCAGCAACAUCAGUGGCAGCAGAGACUUGGACCUGACCUUGCUGAGGGGACAGAUCGUGGCUCUGCUGCAGAGCUCUGACACCAAGGGCAACACCAGCAGGUGGCUGGUGGAUGCUGGAGGUCCCCGAGGGUUUGUUCCUGCUGCCAAACUCCGGCCCUACAGCCCCGUGCAGGUGCAGCAGCCUGUGCUGCAGCUGCUGGGCCUGGACGGUGGCACGGAGAGAAGGAGACAUUCCUAUGCACCCCCUGAAGCCCCCAGGCCACAGGUGGCCACCUUCACCCCAACAUUCCAGGUGGUGGCCGGUUUCUCGUUCGCAGCGCGGAGCCCGCAGGAGCUCAGCCUGCGGGCAGGGCAGCCCGUGCUGCUGCUGGAGCCCCACGACAAGAAGGGCAGCCCGGAGUGGAGCCUGGUGGAGGCGGACGGCCAGAGGGGCUACGUGCCCUCCAGCUACCUGGUGACCGUCCCCGCGCAGGACCCCGCGGGCUGGAGCCUGCCCGUGUGAGCGUGCCAGCCCCAGCAAGGGCACGGAGGGCAGCUUGGCACCCGAGGAAUCCUCACAGGAGAUGCUGGAGGGAGGCAGCCCCCGGCUGGGAAGGGGGUGGGAGGCACCUGGGGGACGUGGCCCAGGGACACGAGGAUGGCACUUGGGAGGCACCUUUGAGGUGUGAGGGUGCCAGGUGCUGUGUUGGCACAAAGCAAAGCAGCAGCCGGGAGUGAGGGCAGUGGCUGCAGUGAUCCAGGGAUCUGCUGAAAUCCCUGCAGGUGACAAACGUGUCCUGGGGAGGUGAGGUGGCGUGUCCCUGCUUAGGGCAGGGGUGACAGCAGAGGAGCAGCACUGCACAGGGGUCCUCAGCCAGGCAGGGGGCACGGGGACACCUGGGCACAGCUCCUGGGCACUGGGACACCUGGGCACCUGAGUGCUUGGGCACUGGGCAGACGGGCACUGGGCACCUGAGCACCUGAGAAUUUGGCUACCUGGGCACCCCAGUACCUGGGAAAAUGGGCACCUAGGCACCUGAGAAUUUGGUUACCUGGGAAAAUGGGCACCUAGGCACCUGAGAAUUUGGUUACCUGGGCACCCCAGUACCUGGGAAAAUGGGCACCUAGGCACCUGAGAAUUUGGUUACCUGGGAAAAUGGGCACCUAGGCACCUGAGAAUUUGGUUACCUGGGCGCCUCAGUACCUGAGAAUAUGGCUAUCUGGGCACCUGAGAAUUUGGCUACGUGGGCACCCCAGUAUCUGGGAAACUGGGCACCCAGGCACCUGAAAAUUUGGCUACCUGGGCAUCUCAGUACCUGAGAAUUUGGCUACCUGGGCACCUGAGAAUUUGGUUACCUGGACACCUCAGUACCUGAGAAACUGGGCACCUCAGCACCUGAGAAUUUGGCUACCUGGGCACUCAGUACCUGAGAAUAUUGCCACCUGGGCAUCUUAGAAUUUGGCUACCUGGGCACCUGAGAAUUUGGUUACCUGGACACCUCAGUACCUGAGAAACUGGGCACCUCAGCACCUGAGAAUUUGGCUACCUGGGCACUCAGUACCUGAG